CACAACGCUUUCAGACACGAGUGGCGAAUGUUGUUGUUAGUGGAGCCUCGUUCGGGCCCCGGUUGACUCAGCUUCGUUCAGUUGGUAACCUACUUUGCUUCGAUUAGUACACGUUUUUUCCGACUCGCUCCGACGUAGAUUUUGCAAUUCCGUGUGCACAUUUCCUCGGUUCCCUAUCGUUCCGUGUGGGGUCGUCGCGUCUGUGACUAUCCUUUCGGGAUCCUUUUAUCUGAUUUUUCGUCUAAUCGGGCACUCUACUCUGCCUUCAUCGUAUUGGUGUCCUAAUUUCCGUGCUUCCCGUAUGUUCUGUACAGUGUUUUAAGUUUUGGUCCUAUGUGACGGAUUUUUUACCUAGUGGUUCUGUGAAUUGGGUUUAUCAGAAGAUUUGAGGUAGUUUGAAUCCAGAUUAACAGCAAACCAGAAAUAGCAUCACUAAUGUGUAUGUUAAUGCAUCGGAUGCGUGGUGCAGAGAGCUGUUAUCCUUGAUCGUGGCAUCUUAAAAUCGAUUCGUUCGUUGGGGUUUUGAUCGACAUUGACCUUAAACCAUCAGUCUCGUAUUUAAUGUUAUUGUGCUCCAAGAGUGUGGGAUGAAUACAAAAAGUAAAGAUAUUGUCCCGCCUAUGAAGAGUGUAGUUUUCAAAAACAACAUUAUUUGCAGUGAGUGUGCAAGUGCAUCAAAGGACUAUAUUUACCGAGAAGAGGAAAACAAGCUGUGAUGAACGGUGUUAAAUAUAAAAGUGUCUCGCAAGUGAAGGUAGAUCGUUAAAGUGCCAGCAGCUCGACAGCGGGAAGAGAAUUCAAAAUAUGGAUUAACAUGUAGCAAACGGAAAAACUCAACACGAUGCCGGAAACUUGUUGCAGACUAGUGGUUUUCUGGCCACCGUUGGGAUCAGAUCAACAUCGCUUCCCAGAGAUGAAUACUUAAAUGUUCUGCUGAUCUCACCAAGAAGACUGAAUCCCGAAUGUGAUAUACCAGUGCAUCAAUGCUAUAUAGAAUGAAAUAAUUACAAUCCACAUCAUGCAUCUAUCAACAAUCACUGCCAGAUAUUCAAUGUGAUCUUAGUGAAAUAUAAUCAAAGUGUCUUGUUAUCUUGAAGAACCGUCCACCGUUCUACUUUUGUAAUCAUCACUGCCGACGCAUCACUGUAGCAGAUCAAUGAAUGUUGCGAGGACACAUUAGUUCUCCGCAACUCUUCAGUUCUGCAUUUAACGCACUAAGGAUACCACAGAAAGUGAUUCAUCAACCACUGAAAUUCGUUCGACAGAUGAAGAUUCAGUGUUGUAAAAAAAUAAGUGCAUCGCACGAAGAUAUGUUUAUCAGCUGUUGAACCUUGGAUGAAGAAAUCCAAUGUAUGAUUGAAUAAUAAAUAGUGAAGUAAUCAAGAGAAAAACAUAGUAAAUUGUAUUGACGAGUGACCUUUUCAGUGUGCAGUAUCAACUGUGCACCCUGGGAAACAAUCAUGAAGUGCUAGAACUCAGGCGACCGAGCGAUAAGUGAUUCCUCUCAAGUUUAUCAAAAUAUUUACAAAGUGACUGCGCGAAUGCAAGGAAAAUGUGCUUCCUGAUACAGAAGAGAAAUCGCAUCCGAGAAGAGCCAAUUAACCUUACUCUUCUUACAGUGUAAUGUGAAUGAAUCAAUUGAAGGUAGUACAACGAGAGUGUGGAGUACAUCUACGCUUCGCACAUAGAUUUACUACACUUAACCUGUCGCGAAACGAUCCAGCACUUGAAUACGCGUCGCCCUCCCCUUUGUGCGAUUCCUAUGCUUGCAAAAAUGACGUUAUCGCAACUGCAGUUGUUUAAACCUGAUAAAACUAUGGAGAACAGCAAUGUACAAACGUGUGUGUAAUCAGCUUGAAACGGUGUAACAAAUAAAGCUGAAGAAAACCUCUCAACUUUCAACCCGGAAGAACUCAAACGAAGAAAAUCAGCGGUCGUUCGUUCUGCUCGUUCGCUGGUGACCCGUUUAUUAUUUACCUUCUUCAACGCGCGGUUAGAAAUCCAGAACUCCCCAACGAAAAUGACGUCUCUAGGAAUUAUGACACUGAGCCGUGGACCUUACAGCGAGCUCGAUAAAAUGAGCCUUUUCCAAGAUUUGAAGCUGAAACGAAGAAAAGUUGACUCAAGAUGUAGCAGCGAUGGAGAGUCUAUAGCGGAUACCAGCACUUCAUCACCUGACCUUUUGCAGCCUUUGUCACCCAAGAUGUGCGAUCAGCAGCAGUCGGCAGGCCAAUUGGAGCUGGACGAUCCCACCGAGCUCGAGGAUGGCUCUCCAGCUCCAACGGCUGCUGCAAAUCACCACCACCACCUUCAACACCACCCAACUCACCACCACCCUCAUCAUCACCAUCAUCACCCCCAUAGCAAUAAUAUGGAUAAUAACAACACGUUAACAAGCAACAAUAACAACAACGACUGUAUAACGUCACCAAAGUUAGAACAUGAUGGCAGCAUGAUGAAGGACGAUGAUGGCGACAGUGAAAGGGCGUCACCAGAUUCGCCUGGUUUGCUAAUCGACGAACGUCCACCUUCGAGACUGAAACCUGCGGAUCCUGGUGGUUGUACGCCGGGUGCACUUCCUAAUUCCUCCAAUUGCGGUGGGGGCGCUAGUGUGAUACGUUCGGUGGCGGAUGAGCGUCCCCGGUCUUCAAGUCCGCCAAACAGCCAUAAUUUAGCGCUAAUGAAUUCCAUUCAACUCCUGCAACAACACUACAGUGCAAGCGGUAACGCUGGUAGCAGUAGUAGUAGCAGCUCUAUUGGUGCUGCCCAUAGUGUGCCAGGUCAUCAGCAACAACAGCACGUGACCGUACUUGUCACCCCAUCUCGAAUGAAACCAGAUCAUCCGACGACGUUGGUUACGCUAGGGAUGCGAAAACAGGCGCCACCGUCAAUUAAUCUAGCAAAUACCAGCAACAACACCAACAGCAGUAGCACUAAUAGUAGUAAUAAUUGUAACGGUAGUAAUAGCAACGUUGGUAGUAAUAAGAACGAAGAGCCUAAUAGACUUACAUCGACACCGCAGAGUUCAACGUCGUCAUCACCUUCAUCUUCGUCGUCAUCUUCGAACUCAUCAUCGAAUUCGUCAUCAACAUGUGGUGUAUCGCCAAAUCAAGCAAACCAACAACCAGUCCAUCUUCAGAUGUUUCAACAGCCUCCUAUCGGUGGCAUGUCUAAGUUCUCAUCUAGUCAAUCUUUGUCAAACAAUUCAAAUAUCCAACAGCAGCAACAGCAUCUCGCCCAACAACAAAUGCUGCAAGCAAUGCAACAGCAAAUUCGGAUAAAAAAGGAACGCAUGCCGCAAUACACGAUAGUUAACCAAAAUACCAACAUGUCAUUAAUGCAUGGCAACCAACAUCGCCAGCAGAACAUUCACAUGAUUCCUAACCCACAACAACAGCUGUAUGUGAAACGUGAACGACCAUUACCUGGUCAGAGUCACACAGUUGUGAACAUGCCGCCUGUUUCAAUGGCUGGUCCCGCUAAUCACCAAAGGCAACCUCCGAGUAGUCCUGUCCAAGUCUGCAAUAGUACAUCGCCAAUGCAGCCACCAAUGUCACCAAGUCAACAGCAUCAAAACCGACAGCAAAGCCCUGUUCAUAUGGGGUCCAACAAUAUGGGCCAAUCACCACAUAUUAUCAUCAAACGAGAACGGCAAGCAGCUAGUCAAAGUAUGACUAAUGCUAUGCAACUAUCACCAAACAACCAGCGGUUACCAAGUCCUAUUCAAGUCAGUCCUACCACGUCUCCACUAAAUCCCGCCAUGCAGAUACGACACCCCAUGCGGGAUGCUGCCAUAUUAUUUCGCGUAAAAAAUGAAGCACAAUUACCAAAUCUCAUGCAACAGCAACCACCUGGAAUGGCUCACCGGAUAACCGUUUGGCCCGGUGGACAGCAGCGUAUCAAUGGCGUCAAACCGGAAGUGAUCGGUGGCCCGUUACCGCCGUUGCGAAACCAAAUGUCCCCCCAACAGUCGCCGCAGCACCAUCAAAGUCCUAGCCCUAUCGCCUCGCAAACGCCACCACGGAACACCCCGACAGUCAUCAUGGGCGAGUCGUGCGGUGUACGGACUAUGGUCUGGAGCUACGACUCUCCACCGCAAGUACAAACCACUACGCCACCAAUUGCGCCAUCUUCGGCGACAAACGUGACAGCAUCGCAGGGUCCGCUAGGUCCUGGAUCUUCGCUCGGGAUGGGCACCAUUCCUCCCUCGCCGGGUAACCACCAUCACCAAAACAGCAACAGCAGCAGUAGCAGCAGUAGUACCAACAACAACGAGGAGGCGGCGCAUCUACUUCUAAGCUUAGGACAAACCGUAAGGCAAAACGAGGCUCAACCAUGGACUCCCAAUCGAUCCGGACUGCCCCUGAAUAUGGAACGGUUGUGGGCGGGAGAUUAUACCCAGUUCCCCACGGGACACCAAAUGCAUGCUCUCAAUCUCACCUCGCAGCAACCGUGGAAUAUGCCACCGGGUCCAAAAAAGGAAUUGCUUGAGGACAUGCCUCCUGACGAGGAUGAACAACCGUUGGUGUGCAUGAUCUGCGAAGACAAAGCCACCGGAUUGCACUACGGCAUCAUCACCUGCGAAGGCUGCAAAGGAUUCUUCAAGCGAACCGUGCAAAACCGAAGGGUUUACACGUGCGUCGCGGAUGGUACCUGUGAAAUAACUAAGGCCCAGCGCAACCGCUGCCAGUAUUGUAGAUUUAAGAAGUGUAUCGAGCAAGGAAUGGUGCUUCAAGCUGUUCGAGAAGAUCGUAUGCCAGGAGGACGAAACAGUGGCGCGGUUUACAACCUGUACAAAGUAAAAUAUAAGAAACACAAGAAAAACAACCAGAAAGGUAACAACCACCAAAAACUCGGCAUGCCCGGUGACAAUCCAAAGUCGAUGUUCUUGACGUCAUCGACGACGCCGCCGAUCAAGUCGGAAAGUAUUAGUCUGCCAUCGCACCUGGUCAAUGGAACGAUACUGAAAACUGCCCUGACCAAUCCAAGCGAAAUCGUGCAUUUACGCCAUAGACUGGACAACGCCGUCAGCUCGUCCAAGGAUCGGUCGAUCUCGUACGAGCAAGCCUUGAACAUGAUACAUACCCUUAUAGACUGUGAUGCUAUGGAGGACAUAGCGACCCUACCGCAUUUUAGUGAAUUCCUCGCCGACAAGUCGGAAAUUGGCGAUAAGCUCUGUAAUAUAGGUGAUUCGAUUGUACAUAAGCUCGUCUCGUGGACUCGCAAGUUGCCCUUCUACAUGGACAUCCCGGUAGAGAUCCACACCAAGCUACUGACAGACAAAUGGCACGAGAUACUGGUGCUGACGACCGCCGCCUAUCAGGCCUUACACGGCAGCAAAAGCAUAGGUAGCCAGCUCCAAUCCUCGACCGGCGGGAACGGUCCGGGAGGUGGAACCGUUCUCGCACCUGACAAACAAGACUCCGAGUUUGUCGAAGAGAUCACAGCCCACCUGCAUACGUUACAAUCCUGCCUAACCACCCUAAUGGGUCAUCCGAUUUCGAUCGAACAACUGAAAAUUGACGUCGGUCAAAUGGUUGAGAAGAUGACCCAAAUUACGAUAAUGUUCCGACGGAGUAAACUCAAGAUGGAAGAGUACGUCUGUCUCAAGGUUUACAUUCUGUUGAACAAAGAAGUCGAAUUGGAGAGCAUACAGGAACGGUACGUUCAAGUACUUAGGACUUAUCUACAGCACACCGUACCACACAGUCCAAAUCGACUGGCGGACCUGUUAUCCCAUAUACCUGAGAUCCAAACCGCUGCCAGCUUACUUCUGGAGAGUAAAAUGUUCUACGUACCGUUCGUUCUGAACUCUGCCAAUAUUAGGUAGCAGAUGAUCGAACAAGGGAUGAUUGAACCUUUUCAGCAUGAACUGCAUCACCAACAGCAUCAGCAGCAUGACUCAGAUACUACUGGAGAACAACAGCACCAACUGCACGACAUUGAUUUCGCUAAUCAGCACCACCCAUUGACACAGGUUGUGCAGCUAUCAUCGCCAUUGGCCGUUCAACAGCAGAACGUCGCUAAACGACCACUGCCAUCGACCACAAUCGUCAAACAGCAACAACAGCAAAUCGUUCAGCUGCAACCGCGGCAACAACACCACACACUGCCGAACUCCCCGAACAGCAACAACAGUGGUUCUGUGACGAUUUUCGUCAUCAAAACUGUGUUACCUGACGAGUGAUUCUGAUUUCCGCCUGAUUACUUUUUUGAAAGUUUUUAAGUCCCAGUGAUGAACAUCGGAAUGAUUGUGUUUCUUUUUUUACACGAAAGUAGAUUUUUUAUUUGUUUUAAUUUGUUUCAAAAUCGAGUCGAUUCUCGUUUUGUUUUCAUUUUUAAUAUAUGAGCUGUUUUAACUUUUACUGAUUACCUUGUUCUUAUUUUACGAUUUCUCGUUGAGCGUUGAAAGUGUCGUAAAAUAGAGAGGUGAAAACAAUUUUUAACAUAUAAACAGAGUAGUUAUAAAAAGCAUUAUAUACAAACACAUACAAAACUGAAGUAAAUAGAGAGAAAAUAAACAUUUUUGCAUAUACACAAACACACACUCAUAUAUACAGAACAAAAAAAAACUUUUGUCACUGAUAUGUAAAUGGAAAUAUACCUUAUGUAAUAAACAAAAAUGUUUCACUCUAAACCUGAAUGUAUUUGUGCAUUGAUGCCCCGGGCGAUUAAAUGUCAAUGGUCAUUCUAAAGAAGUAGAAUUCGCUUGCGGGUGCCGAGAGCCUACUUUUUGACGCUUGCGCGUGAUGAUUGCUGCAAAAGAAAAAAAAAUCCAAUCGAACACAACUCACACACAAUAGCAUGGAUUCACAUUCGAGGAAAAUUCGAUAUUUUCCACUACUAGGAAGUCUGAAAUUAAAUGCCUUCUAUAUUAUAAAUAGAGAAAAAAAAUGAAAAACACGCGAAAGUAGGUGUAAUUGAUAAGUGAGAAAAAAAGAACGUCAAAAAAUGACAAACUAAAAGGAAAAUUCUCAUAGAAGUAUAUUUGAACAACAGCUACAAAUAUUCGUAUUGAAGACAAGAAUAAAAUAGAACGCCCCGAAGAUAUGUCGUGCAUAAAAUAAGCGUAUAUAAACACAUAUAUUUUUAUAUAUUUAAUUGAUCGAUUCAUUGUUGUUCUUCUUAUCAAUAUUUUUAUUAGCUAAUUUUACAAAACGAAAGUCGUAAAUAUGGCCGCCGCACGCGUGCAGCGGAAAAUGUGUAAAUGUAUUUGCCCAUUGAAAUCGUUUUCGCAAACGAAAGCUAAUAAAACCGAUAAAAUAUUGUAUUGUAAAUUGUCGAACCAGCUGGAGAUGUUUGUAUAGAAAAUGUUUCACGAGAGGACGCACUGAAAGCUACUUUAACCUCUUAUACCUUGUAAAUAUAUCAGAUUCAUAAGCUAUGCUUUUAUAUUUUACGUUUUCAAUGCAUACAUUAGUUGCCUAAGUAACUUGAUGCUUUUAAAGUUAUUCUUUUUCACGAUUGUAAAAACUAUGAACGGCUCGGAAGCGAUUUCUCCCAUGUAUAAAUACAUCUCUGUUAGGUGAUAGCACUUUUCGGAUAGUUAUUUGAAAACGCCUUUAGUUGAGAGUCUCUCGCGGAACCGUUGCCGCUUGUUUUUCUGAUGUUGAUUGCACAUUAUGAAUUGUUGCUAAAUUUACUUUCAAAUAAGCAAUUAUGAAGUUGAAACACAGUAGUUAAAACGGAUUUGCACUCAGAAAACCACGUGGACUUCUUAGGAAAACAAGAAAAAAAUGAUCAAUUGUAAUAUGUAUGUCCAUCGUAGAGAAUCGGAUCGUUCUCUUGGCACAUUUGAUUCACUUCGGUUAUUUUAAGCUACUGAGCUCAUAUUUGGUCACAAGUGUCCUGGUAAUUCUUUACUCUGACAACCAUUUAUUUUUUUCGCAAGAGAACUGUAAUUUCUGUCUCUUUUAUCCUUCUUCUGUUUGGGUUAGAAAUUUUCUCGACUUCGUGGACAUACAGUAUCUAUAUGCUGGUCAAUUAGAAAAAAGCUCUCAGUUAAUUCCUGUGCAAGUGUGCUUAUGAGUAGGCUUGAUAGAGAAACUCCUCUGCGAUGCAAACAUGAAGCGAUUUUGACAUUUUUCUGAGGAGUAAAAACUUCAAAAUUUCAAAUACAGAUCCUCAAGCAAUUUGAAAGAGAGUGCAAAAAAAUGCGAGGAUUUUUUCCUGAUACUCUCUCUCUCUCCUGUUGCUAUGCUCAGCUUUACUCACGCUACAAAAGAACUCUUGAGUGUCCUGCCCGACCAAGACAGGCCUCGGGGAGUUGUGAUGGCACUCAUUUUUGAUGGAAUUUUACUCUGUUGUGUUUAGUGCUGCAUCUUCCUCGCUCGUUUUUCAUUGCCUCUCUGCUUAGCAUUUUUUCGCUCCCUCGCAAAAAGGCAAAGGCAGCACGCUGCUCUAGAGUAUGUCACCGACCUCUGAUGAUGUUGAGGAGUAUUAUCAAGCUUGCUUAUGAGAACACUAAACAGAUUCUGUCCUAGCUGAUUAACUAAAAAUAUCCAUAGAAUGUUUGCAACUGUUAGUGUAGAUGAUAGGUUCCCAAACUUUUCAGGUGCACGAUCCACCUAAACAUUCUUUGCGACCCACCAGGGAAAAAAAUCUAAAGAAAUUUGUUUUUACAUACAACCUUUUGUGUAAACUUUUGCUUAAUUAUCGAUAGGAUUCAAUAACACGGCGUUAAAAAUUACGUAACUCUAAAUCUUUUCAAUAUUGAAAACGUUGAAAUUUUUUGUUCUCUGCAUUUCUACUUGUAUACAUCAAUCAAGUCAGAAAUCCAAAUAUUCCUAUUUGAAAAAUAGCAUUUUUCAUCAUUAUAUGUAUCAAAUUUUCAGAGUCAGAACAAUUAAUGUAGGUACUUCUGAGGAAAAAUAUUCAAAAAAAAACUUCUAUUCUUGGUUACGUUUGAAUGAACUUUCGAUCGAAAGUCGAUUCGCAUUCCCGUCAACGCCAGCGAAAUCAAGUGAUUCAAGGGAUUCGAUCGAAUGUUGAAUCCGCCGUUAACAUAAAAAUAACGGUAAUGAUUCGAACAAGAAACGUUGACAGUUAACUGCAAAUUUUCCUUAUCAAAUUUUCUAAAAUCGUCAUCAAGCAUACUAAAAAUGCCUAUUUCGAAAAUCUUGGUCAAUCUUCUAAUCUUAUGCCCAUUUUUUCUUAAACAAACAAUGUCGAACCAAAAUUUUGUCAGAGUGUUUUAACCUGAAAUACCAAACCAAGAUUUUUUUCUAACGAUCCUCCAGAAACCGGCUCACGAUCACCCUGGGGGUUGCGGCCCACAGUUUGGGAAACUAUGGUCUAGAUAUAACAAGCAGAUUUCAGUUCGCAGAGUAUGUAAAGCCAGCGUUAUAACUUCAUAUAAAUGCUACAUUUUAAGUUAUAAAAAGUAACAGUCCAAAAACUGUAUGAACAUCAGAAAAAUAAGCAGCAACUUUCCUUAUGUACUCGAGUUUAUUAAUGGACGGUGGAUUCUUCCGACUUUCCUCCAUUGGAGCAAGUACACGUACUAUUUACAUUACGGACUGUAGUGGAGCUCAAGCCUCCGCUUUUCCGACACAUCACAAAUAAGCAACGUUUGUUUUUUUUUUAUCUCGACUAAGAUAAUUUGUUCACUAGGUUAGAAGUGAAGAAAACGACCAAAACUGAUACAAUGAUCCUCCUUUUCAAAGCUAAACUAAGAGACAACCCUCUAUUUUUAGGCAAAUUAUUUAUCCAAACUGUUUUUUAUAUUGUAGGUGAAAAGAAAGGGGAAAUUAACGAAACGUACGAGAAAUUUACUCAUUUCGAAAUGUUUAUGAGACUCGUUUUUAUUAAAGUAACUUAAAAUUUUUCUGAUAAGUCUAUUUAUGCAAAAAUAUGUUUUGUUUUCGACGUGGAUUUUUUUCCAAUGCCAGAAGCUACAUUUUUUAGCUAGUACGUGCGUUUAUGGAACGAUAUGAAACCAAAAAUUUAGGAAAGCUAAUAUUGUAUUUGUAAAAAGUAACGAAUUAACAAAAAAAAAUUCUCAUCGCCUUUCGUCAGGAGAGAAGUAAAUUGUUUUCGCAUCAUAAGCCCUUCGCCAUUUUUGUUAUCUCUGUACCACAAAUGAAAAAAAAAAAA